AUGGCUUCUCAUCUUUGCGUACCUGUGGACGGACUCAAGGCUGAUACCAAAACGCCUGACUUGCUGAACGCUUCUCUCGUCUGCAAGUCCUUCAACGAACUGACCACCAGACGGCUUUGGCGGGUUGUGCGCCAGGCCCUACACUACCGACGAGAUGACCCCAAGGCGAUGCCUUCAGUCCCCUUGCCAAAGUCGAAGCUCCGGCACACGAAAGACCUCCAAUUCUUGAUUGGGUUUCCUGGCGCUGCUACGUGCCGUCACAACCUGACCGACGAGUCCCAAGAGCAAUUGGACGUUCGCCUAAGCGAGACUGUCAAUACUAUACUGGACGCCUUUGAAGACGGCCAAAUAGAGGAAUUUAGCUGGCACGUCGAAGAUUGCAUCCCCCAAUGCGCCAUCGGAUCACAGGGUAUUCUGUCAACAAGGCACCCCGGUCUGCAGCUCCUGGCCAUGUCAUCGGACACAUCCUGUCAGGGUCCGGAUCCUGCCGACUUGGCAAAAGGCCUGGAUGCCUUCCGGCAGCUGCGGACCAUCUCCUGGAUGCUGCCCAGCGCCGCCAACGUCCGCCACUUGGCCCUGCUCUUUAAGAACAACGCGGAGCACCUGCGGGACGUCGAGCUGAUCACGUCCCCAGGCGACAUCGUCUACGGGAUGUCGACCGGCCUGCGCGCCGAGGACGACGAGCUUUCUUCCGAGGAGGGCCUUCGGGAGUUCAUGAUCGGGCAGGUCCUGUGCGCAGGCGUGCCGGCCCCGCUGGAGGCGCCCGUCUUCCCGGCCAUACGCAAGCUCUGCCUGGACGAGGUAGGCGUCGACGAGAGGCUGGGGCUGGCCCUCAACUUUGAGACGCUCGAAGUGCUGGUGCUGCACGGCUGCCCCGGCUGGGGCCUGGCCGUGGAGAGCGCCGCCCGCCACGGCGGCAAGAUCCGGCUGCGCGAGUUCGAGCUCUACGCGAUGUAUUCCGUCGCAGUGACCGAUUUUGAGCGGCUGUGCGGCUUCAUAACGGCCUUCUCGGGCCUGCGGUCCUUUUGUGCUAGCAUGGACGGUUCUCUACGAUCCGCACCCAUGUGGGAAUGUCUCGCGGGGCACCACGCGGCCACCCUGAAGAGAUUCGUCCACUGCCAGCAGCGCAUCCCCGAGACGGACGACUGGCCUAAUCUUAUGGAAUGUCUAUGGCCUGCUGCAGCCUCGUCUAACGAGGCGCGUAUUGACUCCGACAUGGCUCCACUCCAGCUUGGACCGCAAGGCAGCAUGCUGAAAGAGUGCGAUCUAGAGUUUCUGGGCUUCGAGGCCACUCAAAGCCACAUGGUGAAUAUGAUCUUGGGACGAAAUUCAAGGACACGGAGUCCUUCUAGCUAA